UAUUCACAGUGCAAUGAUCAGUAUUGUUGAGGCCUUGUGGGGAUCUUCUGUGUCAAUAAUGAUAGUUGUAUGAAUCAUCAGGAUUGCCGUGAGGUUACAUGCAAACAGCCUGCUGGUCAGAUAUGCCAAAGGGCUUCCCACUACAUCUACGUGACUGUCGUAAUUCAUUCACAGCAUUGACAUGUUGCGGGCGCAGCCCAGUCUUGCCUUAAAAGAGGGAUACAAAGCAAAGUUAUAAUUCUUGCCCUUAUGACCUGUUUUCAAGGAGGACUACGCGCAGAUUACUUUCUUCUUCACCGGGAAAUAAGACAGCUACUUUUGGCCGUGAAAGAGGAAAACACAGCUAAUUAUUGUCUUCGUAUAGGGGAUAAACACAUCCUAUAUUGCUGUCUAUAAAGAGGAAUAAGCACUACUCAUAAUUGCCUUCAUCGAGGAAUAAGUAAGGCUCCCUGUUGCCUUCGUUUAUAGAGGAUUAAGCACAGCUAAUUGGUGCCUUCAAAGAGGAAUUAGUAAGGCUCACCGUUGCCUUCGUAAUACAGAGGAUUAAGCAAGGCUCACUGUUGCCUCAUAUUGGAUUAAGUUCAUGGCUGUUUAAUGAGCGCAGCUCAUAUCUUCAUACACAAAUAAACACAACUAUUGUUGCCCUCAUAGAGGAUUAAGCUGAGAGCUCAUCACAACCAAAUAACUUUGUUGCCUUUCCCUGGAGGACGAAGACCCGCUCAUAGCUCCUUCAUAGCUGCUCAUGCCUUUAGAGAGAAACAUACAGCCUUACACCUCUCGUGGGAUGGCUAAUGCGUGGUUUAUCGUGCUUGGCUCCUGUCUGCUCUUCUCCACCCUUUCGUGUGGUGAAUUCACAUCGACUGGAGCUUUGCGUAGGUUGGCCAGGAGGGUUUGUUGUUUUCAAGAUGCUCUGAAACCAUCUUUCGGUUCGGAGCGAAACCUCGACAGAGACACCCGGGAUAAGGAAUACAAAUCGAAAUUGGACCGGUGUCGCCGGGAGUUCUUGCUGUUUGAAAGACAAAAACGCUUUUCAUUUAUGUGGCCAGAAACGAAGUGGUGUGGACCUGGAAAUGUCGCCGACAACUACACGGACCUCGGACCUGAACGGGAGGCGGAUAAAUGCUGCCGAACGCACGAUCACUGCCCGGAUACAAUCCGUCGCUUUUCGUAUGAUAGGAAAUACAAACUGUGGAAUACCUAUUUCUCUACAGUGUCAUCGUGUGCUUGUGACGCUGCUUUCAACAAAUGCCUGCAUAAUGUCAACAAUGCAGCCACCACAGGAAUCGGAGAGAUGUUCUUCAAUAAGCUAAAUGUACCGUGUUUCAAGGAGAAAAGCCCUGGAAGUUCUGAAAUGGCAUUUUUUACCACUGGAAAGUAUGAAGCACCGACGACUCCGACCAGCAUCUCUCCGAAUACGACUCCUACCAGUGUCUCUCCGAAUGCGAACAGUGCUCUAAAGAAUCCUGAUUCCACCAAGCCGAUUUCCCCCUGAUAUCUCCGCUGCGGAAAACUCACCUUACCUUCACACUCAACCGCUGAACAUUAGGAAUUCGCACAUUUUCCGUCUUUCUACAGAUGACUGAACCAAGGGCAAGGGUCAAUAUUGGAUUAAAACAUCGUCGUAAAGGGGUUCAGGUAGAUGCGGGAGCAGUGAAUCAACAGAGGUCCCACAGAGACUUACUGGGCCUCUGUUGAUUCUUUCUCUUCUUCUUCUUCUACUUUCAACUCGUCAUAGACAUUUUUACAAUAUUUAAUCCAUUACAGGCCCUUGUUUCAGUCACCCGUGCAUUCUAUCACGGCUCUCCAGUGCCAUCUAACUACGAUUCGUCAGGGCCUUUCCCUCAGCACAUGACCGAAACGUGCAUGUGCGAGGGAAGGCUCGUACCUUUGACCAUGUUAUUCGAGGAUGUCCAACUAUGCAAGUUUAAGAACUAUUUAUUCGUACCUCCACCAAAUAACUUCAGCCGAAAGAAUACCUUUAUUUGUUACCUUUGUUGUUCAACAUCUCAUAAGCUUUGAUGACAUGCAUUGUUUCCUCAUGUCGUUUUAUCGGCAGCGGUGUUCGACAUUCCUCAGAGGAUACCGACACGCUCAAAGCCGAUAGAUCGGCAUGGCGUUUCCCAAGUGCAAAUUAUUACUGAGAAGUUCUUGGCAAAAAAGAUAAUUUGUAACAUCUUCCCUAUUUGUCAUAAAUAGCAAUAAAGUCCAAAUGAUGUUACCUGCUUA